AUGCAUAAAGAUUCUGAAGCUUUGCAAGAACUUUAUCAGCUCUGUCCUGAUCUUAAUAGCCAAAGUGUAUGGUUUUUUCCAACACUUAAGAAGUCUGCAGAAGAUCAUAUUUUAUAUGAAAAAUCAGAAGACCAUGUCUAUGUCUAUGAUAUAAUUACGCAAAAUCGAUUUUCUUCUUUUUCGGCUUGGAUAAAAGCACUCAAUGGCAAGCGUUUUUUUAAAGACAAAAAAUCAGCAUUAGCCACUAUAUUUUUAAACUCUAGCUAUAAUGGAAUGAGCAUUGAUCAAAUAAUCAAAGGAGACUAUAUAUCUUAUUUCAAAAGUAUAGAGAUAAUUAUAUUAUCCUCUAUCAAAGAUACUUUGAUGACAAUGAUAUGUAAUGACGCAGAGUUUGCAGAUGUAACUCUUAAUGAAAGUGAUAAAGUUUUGCAACUUAUUUUUUCUGAUAAAGUAAAAAUCAUAGAAAAAGAACUUUAUAUUAAGCAAGCACCCCAUGGAUAUCAAGAACCUAUCAAGUGCUCCAUCUUUGUGAAUGAUUAUGAAGUAGGUGAUGAUAUUCUAAAGAAGAAUGGAAUUACGAAUAAAAUUCUAGUGAUUAGAUUCAAAAAUAAUCAUGAGAUUAUUGCAAAUUUAGAAAAUAAAGGAUCUUAUAAUGAAGCUUAUCACAGAGUUAACUGUACUCUUCUCAUAUUGGAUGGGAACAUAUGUUUAAACUGCAAGAUGUUGCAUAACACAUUAUAUAAAAUUGAAAAAUGGAAUACAGAUAGUAUACAGUCUAUUAAAACAUCACAUGCAUUCAGAGAAGUUCUAGCUGAACUUGUUCAGAAUACACAAAAAUUUGAAGCAGAAGAAGAUGACAUGUCAGAAUUAUUGACCAAGAUUGUUCACAAUAUGAUUAAAGAAGUUAAAAAUAAAGAACAUAAAGAUAUACCAAAUGUUAUUUUGAAAGAGCUAGUUCAUAUACAAAGUGAAAAGCCAAAAGGAACUAAUCAACAUAUGGAUUGGCAAGACAAAACAGCAGAGCAAAUAUUAGCCAGUAUGAAACGUGACAAUAAAUAUAUUGGAUAUGUUGAUUUUGAUAAUGAAAAUGCUGAACUUGAAGUAUUUGGCAAGCAAUAUCUUUGUGAUAUUCAAAAUCAUAUUGAUAAUUAUGAGCAAACAAAAAAUGAGAAUGAAAAAGACCAUGAACACGCUUUAGUAACCCAAGAAUUCAUACAUAUGGAUCAGUUUGUGAUGGUGCAGGUGAAAAUAGAAGACACAUUAAAAGCUUUGAUUAGUUUGCAACAACCUGGAAAAACAUACCAAAUUUUCAGUCCAGCUCUCAGACAUUGCUACAUAAUCUUGUCACAAUAUUACGCAUUCUGUCUUACGGCCUCCAAUAUCAAUAAUUAUUUGGAUAUUGAAGUUGCAAUCGAGACUGCUAGAAAAGUCCAGCUAGUUGUAUGGAAAUCACUCUUUAAUGAUAUCCGUCCUGUAUAUGAUGAAAACCAACAUUGGGUAUAG